AUGGACGACAGGUCGAUUAUGUCUUGUGACUCCUCAGACAGUCGCAGUCGAUCAGUUAGCGAGUCGUCUGUCAGUGUCAGCUCGAAACUCCCUUUCCUGAACCGCCCCAUCGAGUUCCUGGAGUAUUACCCCAAGCGACGCUUCCACCCUGUGCAUCUGAUGGAUACCUUCCAAGACAAUCGGUAUAGAGUCAUUCGGAAGCUGGGGUACGGCUCGUUUUCGACGGUGUGGUUGGCGCGGGAUACGCAACUCAAUCGCUAUGUUGCGUUGAAGAUAUGCCAGGCCGACCCGGAGAAUCAGAGCGACUGCGAGGCCGAGGACGACACGAGCUCAUCAACCGAGACCCAAAUUUACGAGCGUUUGGCAGCCUCGCACGUCCCACAUCCAGGAUCCAGCCAUUACCUCCCCCUGCUCGACAGUUUUCGCUUCAGCGGUCCAAAUGGAACACAUCAGACUCUAGUCUACGAGCCCAUGGCCGCCAGCGUUACGGAGGUGAAAGACGCCCUGUUCCCUGACGGGCCGUUCCCGCUCGGGACGGCAAAGGCGAUUCUCUGGCAGACGUUGCUAGGGCUCGACUUCAUGCUCGAGAACGACGUCGUGCAUGGCGAUGUCCAGCCGCGGAAUCUGCUGUUUACGUUGGACGAGUUGAAGGAUGUCCCAGAGGCGGAACUGGCUCAGGACACGGAUAUACCGCUUACGCCCUGCCUGGAGACCGAGUUAGAGGGAGGCGUCAAGGGGCCGCGGUAUCUUGUCCCUGCGGACAGUCUGAUGCGGUACCUCGAUAUCUCACGGCCGUUUACGAUCAAGAUCUCGGAUUUGGGCGGAUCAUUUCGAACCUCACACCCACCAAGCACACCAUCGCCCCCCCUGCACCUCCGCGGCCCAGAGACGCUCUUCCAGCGCUCCAUCUCGGAGAAGCAGGACAUGUGGAGUUUCGGCUGUCUGGUCUUCGAGUUCAUCACGGGCAUCCCGCUUUUCGAUCUUAGCGAUCACCCCGUUUCAGAGAUCACGGACGACAUGCACUUCAUCGACAUGUACAACAUUCUCGGAUUUCCAGACGAUGAGCGAGCACGAGAUACGCACUGGCCAAACUGGCGGAAGUUUUUCACGCCAGCGGGGCGACCUGUCAACCACUUUGAGCGGCGGCGAGAGCGCGAUUUUGAUCGUGGUGGGAAACCUAUUGGGACUUCGCGGACCCUCGAGGAAUUGCUGGAGGAUGGGAUUGCGGGGAGGCUGGAGGGGGAGGCGCUGGGGACAACGAAGGGUUUGCUACGGGGGCUAUUGCAGUUUGAUGCGGAGAAGCGGUUUACGACCAAGGAUGUGUUGAGGCACAAGUGGUUCCAGGAGCAGAGGGGGAGUCAUUAG